GCAGUUUUGACCCAAACCUACUCUCACUUUAAUAACUGCAUGCUUUUAUACAUGCAUAUAUGCAUGCGUGCUGUCUUCACUCAGCGUGCAAAUGUACCGGUUAACGCGCAGUAGUUGAACAACUUCCAGACCGAAUGUGUUGCAGCAACAUGUCGCAGGAUGAGUGUUUGUGCUGCAGUGUCUUUGAGGCGAUUUUACUUUUUAGUGCUCUUUCUCUGAGGAUUCAAGUGCGGUAUUCCGUCCGAUUAUUUACCAGCUGCAUUGAAAUGCAUGCACGCGCUGCGUUUUAUGAACUGAUUCUGGGGAAAUUUGAAAGAAGCGUUGAUGUGGAUUACUUGCAAAUAAGCUCUUGUAACACUACGGGCUGAUAAACGCGCUGUUACAUGCGCCAUUAACGGCAACGCAGUGCGAUAUGAUCAGAGCGCGCGCGAUAUUCAUACAUCAUGCAUUGGCGAUGCCUGUCUGAUAGAGCGCGUGAACCGUGUCGCGCGCGGUUCGUGUUUCAGGGUGGCUGCGCGAACGCGAAGAACUAGUAAUGUUAUGGAAACUCGUAUAACAAUUACCAUGGUAACCACAAAAUACAACAGUUGUUGCUGCUGUGAUUGCUGUUUUAAUGAAUCUGGGAUCUCCUUCAGACAGUGUCAGCCGCCCCUGUUUAUCGCCUAGCAACUGCUACUUCAGAGACGCCGCCCCUGGCCCCGCCCUCCAGAGAUGACUGAUGCCCAGAAGGCCAACGAGCUCCCUGAAUGCCCCACAGAGGGCGGGGCCACAGCAGAGGAGCAGGACAUGCCCCUGAGGCAGGAAACCACGCCCACUAGCUCUCCACCUUGUGAUGAGCCAAUCAGCUCGCAGAGUCCUGACAAAGAGCCAGCCCCUGGCCUGCUCUCCAUGCCGUGCUUACUGAAGGAGCUUCAUAGAGACUCCGCCCCUGGGCAGCCGCAGGAAACGGAUCCGCCUCCGACCGCCACCCAGUCCUGCCCGCAGGAAGACAGCGAUUCUUCCGUCUGCCUGCGGUCGCCUUCCUCUUCCGGUCACCUCGGAGACUCCGACACGCUUUCGUCGGCGGAGGAAGUGGCCACGCCCGCCCAGACGGCCGGCAGGAAGUCGCGGCGCUCGCAUUCAGAGAGCGAUACAUCCUCCGUCGCCAUGGCGGCCAAGAAGAACCGUUGCCAGGAGAAGCAGGUGAACGGGCGCGUCCGCGUCAGAGGGCCGCGCAGCCAGCGGCAGAAGCAGCGCAUGCGACAGCUGCGGCAGAAGCGGGAGGCGGCGGCGAGACGUAAACCCGACGUGCUUCAGGACAGCAGCACCAGCGACAGCGACAUCACAGCCCACUCUUCAUCAUCCUCGCCACUAACGGCCUCGUCCGACAACGAGGGAGAGACAAUCAACUCUCACGCACCAGCUGGCCAUCGCCGAGCCGACGGUUCUGGAGCAUCAGCGCGUGGGCGGGGCCAACUUGACAUGGGCGUGGCCAGUGGGAGCCUGGGCGGAGUCUUGGAGGAAGCUCUUACGCGAUUCGCCGCGAUGCAGAGACAGACCGAGGAGCGCUUUCGCGUGUGGAUGGACAGACUGACCCGCAUGCACUCGGACGAUGACCUUUCAUCUAGCGAAAAUCCGGAAGGGCGGAGCCACGUUAGCUCGUUCCUGCCGUCAUCAGAGUCGCAGGAAACGCUGGCGGCCUAUCAAAUGGCCCGACUCAACGCCAUCACGGUUCCUCCUCCCCAGACUGCCAGUCUCAAUGGAAGCGUGGAGCCAUCUGAACCAAACGUUUAAAGACGCAAAACGACUGUGCCGACUCUAUUUGACCACUGAAGUGGAGACUUGAGACAAUGCACAAACUUUCUCCUCAUCUCUCAUUAACAUUCUACUAAUUUUCUUCUUCAUUCUGCCUUCUACAUCUACCUUUCUCUAUUAAAGGAUUAGUUCACUUCAGAAUUAAAUCUUCCUGAUAAUUUACUCACCCCCAUGUCAUCCAAGAUGUUUGU